AUGAAGAGAUAUUAUAAUGAAAUUAUUUCAGUUCAAUCCGAAAAUGUGAGUGAACCCAGUGUUCAUAACCACCAACAAAAUCGUGAGGAGUUGAAUGUUGAUGAGUUGCCGAUUGAUCCCGCAAAGAGGAAAAAUAUUUCUAACUUCCAUGUUAAUGACAGAGAGAAGGUCAGAAGGUUUUAUUUGCAGAAGGGGCCUUGCCAACCGAAUAUGAUUUUUCCUUGGAGAAUGUUUGGGACUAAAAAGCGAAGAUUUGUUUUAAAUUGGUACAAAGAACAUCCUAGUUGGCUAGAGUACAGUGUUUCUGAGGAUUCAGUUUAUUGUCUAUUCUGUUAUCUUUUCAAACCCAAGCGUGGAGGCCAGAGUGGUGGUGAUGUUUUUGUCACUCAGGGGUUUACUAAUUGGAAGGAGGCGUUGAAAAAAUUCAGAGAACAUGUUGGGGAGGAUCCAAAUAGUAUUCACAAAAAGUGUGUUAAAGCUUGCCAAGAUUUGAUGCAUCAAAAUCAACAUAUAGAACUUGCGCUAUCAAAACAGAGUACUCAAAGUCGACUUGAUUACCACACUCGUUUGGUUGCAACAAUUGACGUUGUUCGGUUGUGUUUGAGUCAAGCAUUGGCAUUUCGGGGACAUGAUGAGUCCGAGGAGUCUAACAAGAAGGGUAAUUUUCUCACAUUUUUACAAUUCCUUGCUGAUCAUAAUGAAGAAAUCAAAAGGGUUGUUUUAGAUAAAGCUCCUGAUAAUAAGAAGCUAACUUCUCCUGAUAUUCAGAAGGAUGUGGUAAAUGCAAUGGCUGUUGAGACUACUAAGAUUAUUCUCAGUGAACUUGGAGAUGACUUAUUUUCUAUUCUAGUGGAUGAAUCAUGUGAUAUUUCUGUUAAGGAACAAAUGGUUAUUCUCUUGCGUUAUGUUAAUAAGAAUGGAUACAUAGUGGAACGUUUUCUUGGAGUUGUCCAUGUUGGUGAUACUACUUCUUUGUCUCUUAAAUUUGGUGUUGAGGAGCUGCUGCAGAAGCAUCAACUGAGUGUAGCAAAGAUACGUGGACAAGGAUACGAUGGAGCUAGUAAUAUGCAAGGAAAGUUUAAUGGUUUGAAGAGUUUGAUUUUGAAAGACAAUCCUUGUGCAUUUUAUGUGCAUUGCUUUGCUCACCAGUUACAGCUAGCACUUGUUGGUACAGUGAGAAAACAUCGGAAGAUAUCAAUGUUUUUUACACAACUUAAUACCAUUACAAGUGUUGUUGCUGGAUCAUGUAAACGCCAAGACUUGCUUCGUGAUAAACAAACUACUGAAGUGAUUGAAGGUAUUUGUAGUGGUCAAAUUUCCAGUGGAAAGGGACUGAAUCAAGAAUCAACUUUAAAGCGUGCUGGGGAUACAUGA